UCCACGCAUUGACAGUUUUGUUGAUACUGCCACUGAGUUCCGUGCUGUGAUUGAUAUAUUUAGUGUUUAAAAAUAUUUAGUAUAAAAACUAGAUUUUACACUUGCUGAGGAAGAUGGCGGUGGUGUGGCGAGACAUAUGCUGCGGUGUGCAGUACUUGCGCGCUAGAUGUUUCUUCAUCGGUUAUUUAAAUUUGAUUGCCAGUACAGUGGAUUUAGGCUGCCAUCUCGUCAUAUUAUCAGCUGUAACAAAUUUCUUCUCGUGUGAUGUGGAUUUAAAUAUUCUUCACAACAUAAACUGGACGUGGCUGGAGCCCUUCCUAGCGGUGAUCAACAUCGGGACCCACGGCUUCUACCCUUUCCCCCUGGUCCUUGGCUACUACGACAGUUUGGGGGUCCGGGGUACCCCUCGCUGUUACCCUGGCAUGGUGCAUCUGUAUUUAAUAGACCUGAUUAAUAUUGUGAUCCAUGUGGUGUGGGUGAGGCUUGUGGUGUCCUACAUCACGGCGCUAUAUAAGAAAGACGCAGAUACCAUGCGGAUGUUCUUCAGUAUAUCGGUCAUCAAGAUGAUUCUCCAGCUCAUGUACUUCGCGUACACGCCGCUCCACGUCACCCUGUAUUCUGACACCCUGUACAUUUCUUACUGGGUACUCAAGAUCCUCGACAUAUGUGUAGCCGUCAUGUUCCUGCUGGUGAUGAACAGCUACAUCAAGGCCGUGCGCGCGGAGAAGGCGCUGGCGCUCGCGCAGCCCGACCAGCCGCCAUCUUACGACGAGUGCGCCGCGGCGGCGCGGGAGAAAACUGAAAAUAUACCUUAACUUACCGAUUUGUAGCCAUGGAAACAGAAUUUAACCGGUCAAUUCUAACAACGUGAUAAUUAAUAGACACGAGAACAAUACGAGAUAUGUUAGAUACGUUCUCAACUAGUUAUCUUUUGCAGUUCGAUUCGAGAAACCAAUUGUCAUUUCACGCUACAAUUAUUGUAACGUUUUGGGAUAUCUUAAGUUAAGUAAUGUCUUAAGUAAAUCUUAAAGAGAUCGUUCAAGAGGACAUUCGGAAUCGCGGAAAUGUCAAAUUUAACAUGACUUUCUUAAAUAUCUCAUUAUCGUUUCUGUUCCAUGUCUAGUGGAUAGGUAUCUAGUUGAUAUCUAAAUCAUUGUUCGAAUCGGCCCGUAAGAGUCACACGAGCCUAGCCGUCAUAAAAUCGAAAUUACGCUCUCAUUUAAAACGAUAAUCUGAAAUAACAUGAGAUUUGACUUGCACAUUCGAGUAACAUAUAUCUACCUAGUACUAGAAAUUUCGUUGCUAGAAAUUGUAAUACAAAGAAAUAAGAGCUAGUAGAAGUUUUACAUACAAAACUACUUAAGGCGGUUCCCUGAGCCAGAAGGCGAAAAAUGUCCUUAUAUGAUCCUGUUUUUCUAAGAGGCGUUGAUAUUCGUAGACGUGGAAAAAAUAUAUGUAGUUCUUGACUAUAUUAUCUUUAAUAUCAUAGCUUCCGAUACACGAAUUAUGACACUUCGCUCGAUACAAUUAAUUCCCAAAAUAACCUCUAACUCGGACUUUUAAUCCAACUUUACUCGGUUAUUUAUUAUGUGAUACUAUAAAUAAAAAAAGAAGAAAAACAAUCUUAACUUAAAUAAUCAUUUCAUAGCUUUCGAAUUUCGAUAUUGUAGGGUAACGUUUUGUAAAAUAAAUAAAAAUCGACAAAAUUCGAUCAAAAUUGACACUUGGCGCGCAUGAUCUUUCCCGUUCUUUCUUGCAAAAUGUGACAGAGACAGCGGCAAACCGACGGAACGGCCUUAACAAAAAGAGAUAUGUUUCUACCUAUAGAUAUGUGUAGGACAAUUACACUUACACUAUUACAGAUCUUUUUGAACGCGAACUUAAGGCGCGUAACCUAAUGAGGGCUAACGCGUAUGAAUUCGCCGCUAUUGGCGCUAGUGUAGAUGGUGGUCUUUUCCAUACUUCGAAAUGUCAAAUGUCACUUGUCACUUCAAUGACUGACAGCUGUUCUUUAGUCUUUUGGACCACCAUCAACAGAGGCGCCAACUGGUGAGCAAAAAAACGAUAGCCCUCAUUGUUAUUUAUUUAUAGAUACUUUAAAGCCUUUCUUAAGUAAGUCGCAAAACGGCCGUUAGUUAAGUAAUGGAAAAAAACCCCGAACGAGAAGAAGUAUCACUUAAGUAUAUAACUUAUUUAAAUUUAUAAAAAUGUAUAAAAUAUAAUUUCUUUUUACGCGGUUAUCUCAUUUAAAUAUAACGCCUAGCCUGCAAAACGUCAGCUUAUUAUUACAAUUAGCGCCAGCUUACUCUUAGUACUUAAUCCUGGACUCUCAUUAUAGAAUGUUUUUUUUUUUAAAUAAUGUUUUUACCUAACAAGUUUAUAAUUUGUACCAGAGCAUUUUUAGAAAAGAAUAGUAUUUACUUUUUUUGUAAAAACCAUGAACUUUUGGGUUAUUUUUCUCAGAAUCACGAGGACUUUCGAUUUAAAAAGGGAAAAACGGUUUCUGAAAAAAAAAUUGCCAGCUUUGUGACGCAUUUUUACAUACAUUUUGUAUGGAAUGUCACAAAGCUGCACCUAAAAUUUGUAUGAAAAACUAGGGACACUUUUUUCUUUGUUUUGAAUAGUCCUCGUGAUUCCGAGUCGGCAUAACCCAAGAGUUGUUAGUCUUUCGAAAAAAAAAUGGUACACUUUUUUCUGAAAAACCCCACGUAUAAAAAAUAAUCUCCUUUACCCAUAAUCAAAUUACCUCAACGGACAACCAAACGCAUUUAUAAUUUAAACCUCGUCCGAUUUUAAACAUAUCCCCGUAUCGAACUAACGGCAACUCUCCAGAGACGGUGUACGGGGAAGUGUAAUAAGCAAUUUACAUCAGGAAUCAGACAUCAAGAAAUAGCUUAGUUGCCUGGGUCUCGGGGGAAACUUGUAAUACUGAUUUGGAGUAUAAUUAUCACCUUGAGCAGUUAGCGAGAGCUCGACUUAAGUAAAAAAGUUGCUUUCGGUAUUUGAGUUUGUUUGUAUCAAAGUUGCAUGUAAUGAGUACUUUAUUAAGUAGUUGUCAGAAUACACAAAUACAUAAAAGACAGGCAGGCAUAUUUUAACUCACGUAUGUAGCUUAAUGGAUUACCAGAAACUACUGUUCCUCUAUCCAUAUUGAAACGCCGGUUCAUAAUACCACUAUUAUUUAUGAAAACCACUAUAUUAAAACCCAGACAGCACGCCUCAGCGUAUUUUAAGCAGCAAACAGUUUCCGAAUUGCAAAAUUAACAUACAAUCUCCUGCAGCUUAUUAUUGGUGCCUUGCAAGCAUAUUUCAGUAUAGUCGCAUUCUGCGGGUACUCUUAUAACGUGUGUAUUAAGGUCUAGUUUUGAUUAGCCGCUACCUGGUCUGGAACCUGUCCAAAUGUCCCGACUGCGGCGAGCUCGUGAUAAUUCCCUUUAUUAAUUCCGAAUACAAUUUCAAGCGUUUUGGAGGCAUACGUUUGUGAUUAACGUUGAGAUUAAAUGUUUCGUAUGCAUGCUUACAAUAGGGGACUAUAAUAUUGUCUUCGAUUACCGCGAUAGUUACUCAUGAAAUUAUGAAAUAAAGCUAUCAAAUCGGAUUGUGUCGCGUAUAUUGAAUUUAUUAAUACAUCCCGACAUUUCCCGUUGACCACGAACGCGGUAAAGGGUUCGAAACGUCGGGAUGUAUUAUAAAUUCAAUAUACGCGAUUUAAUCCAAUUUCAUAGUUUUAUUUCAAUAGGGGACUAUGUUCUGUCCCUCACGGACGCACAUCUAUAUAAAAUACUAGGUCUAUGACAUUUCAUUUCAGUGGAUGGUGGCGCCGCCUAAUUACUGGUUUUUGAUGGACACUUUUCAUACAUAGACAUUUUUCUCCUUUAUAUAGUCUCCAUGAUUAAAAUCUUUAGGUCCGCCUGUGCGAGGCCUGUGCUGAUACAGAAAAAAAUAAGAUACGUCAGUGUCAUUCAAAAAUUCUUUCAUCUGCAAUGGAAACAUGAAAGUGAAUAUACAUAUUAAUGUAAAAUGCUUUAAUUAUCAUCUUACGUGAACCGCCUGACAGAAAAGUUAUUUACUUGUUAACCUUGACUCAAAAAUUGUGUUUAAGAAUUUAAAACAAUUGUAUUAUUUCUAUAAUAUACAUUACAAAAUU